UUCAAUUUCAAGUUUCUUAUGUCGUUUUUUUUUUCUUUAGCUCUCAUGGAGAUUGAAGGAGACGACGGAUCGAAAAUUGAUGUAGAAGAGGAGGGUAAUUCCAAGGCCGUGUUUGGUAGAGGUUUACGGUUUAACACAAAAGAUAGAACAGUGUCCCGCCGGCACGUUCUGUUCAAAAUUGAAAACCAAACAGAGCCUAGGGUUUCAUUUCAAGUUAUUGGGAAGAAUCCAAUUUGGGUAAGAAGCAGCAGUGUCAGUGAUGAUAAAAAUAGAGAAAUUAGGGUUUACAGAAAGCUUGAGAAGGGUGAGUUGGCAGUUGGUGACUGGUUCUGUAUUUCGAGCCAAAACCCGGUUUGGUUCAAUCUGAAGAGAAUUGGAAGUGUUAAUAAAGAAGCAAUGGAUUUGGAGAGUGGGGAUUUAGAAAGAGUUGAGCUUUCAACGAUUGAUCCUGUUAAAGAGUUUGGAUUUCUUAUAAUUGGGCAUGAAUUUGAUUGUUAUCCGAAGCAAAGAAUUAAAGAUGCUAGAAAUUGGGAUUGGUUUCUUGAAGAAAGUAAGCUAGAUAGCGAUAAUGAUGACGAUGGUAGUUCCGCUAAUGGUAGAAAUAAGAGGGUAAAGAAAAAGAGGAAGAAAGGAGUAGGCAACGAUGAUGACGAUGAGGAUGAUUGGAGCGGCGAGAGUGAAGAGGAUAAGGAAAUUGUGGCUAAAGUAAGAAAGAUGGGGAGAUCUAAAUAUUCAACAAGAUCAAAGGAUGAAAGGAAAACCAAAACUAAGAAAGCUUCUUUGCAAAAGAAAAGUGUAUCAGUUGUUGAUGAUGAGGGAGAGGAGGACGAGGAUGAGGAGGAUGAGGAUGAAACGCUUCAAGGGUUUAUUGUAAGCGAUGAUGAUGAAGUAGAAGAGAUUGAUGAAGAGGAGGAAGAAGAAUUCGUUGAUGACGAUGAUGAUGAUGAUGAGCUAGAUGAUUAGUUGCAGUAUAUUUUUUUUAUAACAAAUGCGAAAAGAGGAAUUGAACUUACUCUUCGGUCGAGUUACAGCAUUACCGAUCACUAAACUAUGCGUGCGGUGGGGAUGACUCGUAAUUCUUGCUGGUAAGCAGUGUUCAUAACAUUGGUGCUUAGCCUAGACCAAAAAAGUGUAAAGUUAUGUUUUUCUAUUGUAAAAUUGUAUAAAUGUUCUUUGUAGUGUGUUGUUAGUGAUGUAACGUUUCAGGUUCUUUAGUUAAUUAGAGAAGUGCACUAAAAGCCAAGAAAGGUGAAACUUUGACCUAGAGUUUAAAAGUUCUAUCUUGCAAUGAUGGUUGCAACUAUGUGGUUUACAUGUUUAUGCAAACUCUUAUGAUUCCUGGUUCUGUUGCUUGGUA